GACUGUGCCUUUUAUGUCGCUUGCCCACACUUAGCUCCUAGCAUGCGGUAGUGAAGUGAAUUAAUUUUCACAAUUUUUUCGGGUUUUGCAAACAAAAUUCGAGGUAGUGCAGUGUGAUUUAUGUAAUUAAAAUUACUAGUUUCUUGCUAAACAAGCAGCCACACACGCGCCCAACCAUAAUGACCAACAGCAUAGAAUUGGAGUGUUCAGCACUGAAGGUUGUGCGUCAUAAAAUCGAACGCGUUGGCUGCGCAUAUUUCAAUGCACGCCGCCAAAUUGGCGAUUCAAGCGGCGUCGAGCGCAGCGAUUCCGAUGAGAAAUUGGCGGGCGCUGGCGAAGAUGUCGAUAUUAGCUACCUCAAAUCUCUCGAUCCCAAAGAGUGGAAGGAUCAGGACCAUUACAGCGUGCUCGGCCUUGGCAAAUUGAGAUACGAGGCGAGCGAUGAUGACAUACGGCGUGCCUACAGACGAAUGGUCCUCCAGCAUCAUCCUGACAAGCGGAAAGCCAAAGGCGAGGAAGUUAUCACCGAUGACGACUACUUUACAUGCAUAACAAAGGCCUACGAAAUACUCGGCACUUCAAAGCUGCGCCGCAGCUACGACUCAGUGGAUCCGGAAUUCGAUGACGCCUUUCCCACACAGACGGACAUUGAUAGCGACUAUUUUAACGCUUUUAACAAGUAUUUCAAUCUGAACGCGCGCUGGAGCGAAAAGACGAGCGUGCCGCCAUUUGGCGAUGUGGACGCCAAACGUGAGGAAGUCGAACGAUUCUACAAUUUUUGGUACGAUUUCAAGUCAUGGCGCGAGUUCAGCUACCUGGACGAGGAGGACAAGGAGAAGGGGCAGGAUCGUGACGAGCGGCGCUGGAUCGAGAAGGAGAACAAAGUGGCACGCAUCAAACGCAAAAAGGAGGAAAUGACGCGCAUUCGGGCGCUCGUCGAUCUGGCCUACAACAAUGACAAGCGGAUCCAGCGAUUCAAGCAGGAGGAGAAGGAUCGCAAGGCGGCGGCGAAACGGGCCAAAAUGGACGCGGCUCAGGCCCAAAAGGCCGAACAGGAGCGAGCGGUGCGCGAGGCGGCGCUGGUCAAAGAGAAGGCGGACAAGGCCGAACAGAAGCGCAUCGAGCAGAUACGCAUCGAGCGGGAGCAGCAGAAGAAGGUGCUCAAAAAGGAGCGCAAAACGUUGCGCGACAAGAUUAAGGAUUGCAAGUACUAUGCCAAAAACGACAAGGAUCAACUCAAGCACAUGGAGGCCACCGAAAAGAUAUGCGAAACAUUCACCCUAACCGAACUGCAAUCCCUCAACAAGGCCAUGGAAUCGAAGGGCCGUGAAUCCUUCAUGGUUGCAAUGCAGACGGCAGAUCAAAAGAUUGCCGCCCAACUGGAAGAGUUGAAUAUGGCGCAAAAGAAACAGCAGAUGAAUAACACGCCCAAAUCAGCGGCCUCCUCAUCCACCAUUAAAGAGGUGAAGAAGGGUGAACUCUGGAGCAAUGAGAAUGUGCAGCUGCUGAUCAAAGCGGUCAAUCUGUUUCCCGCUGGAACAGCGCAACGCUGGGAUGUGAUUGCCACGUUUAUCAAUCAACAUUGUGGUGCCGACUGUAGUCCGGUCAGUGCACGCGAUGUGCUCAACAAGGCGAAGGCGCUGCAGAACAGUGAUCACUCGAAGAGCACGCUCAAGGCGCACGCCAACGAUGCAGCGUUCCAGAGUUUCGAGAGAUCAAAGAAGGAGGUGCAAACAACGAAUGACAUUACGCUCGGCGAUGCGCCGGCGGAUACCAAGGAGAAUGUUAAACAGAAUGGUGGCGAUCAUCUGACGAGCAGCAAUCAUCAUCACCCGCAGCAACAACCGUUGCUGCCAGAAUCCAAGCAAAAUGGUAAUGCGACUCCAGCUGCAGCUGCGGCAGCUGCCACGCCCACAACGCCAGCACCGACCAGCAAUGGUGUGGCAUCGAAGACUUGGACCAAGGAGGAGCAGGCCUUGCUGGAGCAGGCAAUUAAAACGUAUCCAACGACAACGCCCGAUCGCUGGGAUUGCAUUGCGGCCUGCAUACCGAAUCGCAGUAAAAAGGAUUGUUUGCGUCGCGUCAAGGAGCUCGUCGAGCUGGUCAACUCCAAGAAGGAGGCGCAGGCGGCUGUUAAAUGAUUGCCACUGCAUGAGUUGCCACAUUUCCUCCUCUUCCUUCUACUCGUCCUCCUCCUCGUACUCCUCUGCCCUAGCUGCUGUGUCCAAUAUACAUUUUAUUUAAAUAAAUAAACUAUAAAAAGUUUUGAACGUUUAGCGAAAAGUUA